CAUCCACGCACAUCCACACACAUCCAGUCAAGCCGAGCUCCUCUCCGACAGAGGAGAGAAGAGCGCACGGAGGGAUAAACACAGGGAGACCAGAGGAACGCGGCAGCGACUCCAGUGCGCGCGCGUGUAUGUGUGUGUGUGUGGGGUGCGCGCACGUGCGCUCGCUUCGCUCGGUACUCGAGACGACUAGCGGGGCGGACAUGGAGGGGCUCGGGAAAAACGCUUGGAAGUGACCUCGAACCGAGGAGAAAAUAGGGGAAAACGGACAGAGAGAGAAGAAGAAGGAGGACAGACUGACAGACGGACAGCUUGGACGGAAAGGAGGAGAGGAAGCAAGAGAAGAGAGGAAGAAAGAAGUCUUUACAGGAGAAAGAAGAGUGGGAAAGGGGUUCACCUGGAACUCGCAAGGAUUUUAAGGAGUGCGCCCUGGGCUGGAUGGGACCCACCAUGCCCCCCAGUAAGAAGGCCCAGAGCCCCAGCAGUGGAGCCAGUGCUUCGCAGGGCAUGAGCCCCCCCUACCGGCAGGGGGACGCCGCCACGGCGGCGUCUGAGGCCGAGGCGGCCGACCUCUCGCUCUCCGUGUCCGCCUCUUUCUCUAAAGCCGAAGACGAGGAGCUCACCAGCCUCUCCUGGCUCCACGAGAGCACCGACCUCCUCAACAGCUUCAGCCACUCCGGGCUGCGUAGCGUCUCCCCCCUUCAGGAUCCCGACAGUCAACACCCCCGCUCGCCCUCCUCCUCAUCCCCAUCCCCGGACGACGCUCUGCUCGCCGACGCGCACUCAGCGUACGACUUGGCGGCGGGGGCCAACCGGAAACCUCCGUACUCCUUCAGCUGCCUGAUCUUCAUGGCCAUCGAGGAUGCGCCGAACAAGCGGCUGCCAGUGAAGGACAUCUACGGCUGGAUUCUGGAGCACUUCCCUUACUUCGCAAACGCUCCGACAGGUUGGAAGAACUCAGUGCGACACAAUCUGUCGCUCAACAAGUGUUUCAAGAAGGUGGACAAAGAUCGCAGUCAGAGCAUAGGCAAAGGCUCCCUGUGGUCCAUAGAUCCGGAGUACAGGCACAACCUGAUCCAGGCGCUGAAGAAGACGCCGUACCAUCCAUACUCACCCAGCCUGGCCACACCUUCCACCUCCCCGCCCACCCUGCCUCCCACGUUUCACCACAGUCCUCCGUUGUGGUCGGGGAGCCCCCUGUUCAGAAAGAAUGGAGGAGUUCUUCUACAAGUUCCUCGUGGAGUGAUCCAGAACGGAGCCCGCGUCAGGAGCCAGGCCCUCUUCCCUGUGAUCAGACCCCUGCCCGUUAGCCCAGUGGGGACCAGAACCUCGGCUAUAAGAUCAUCCCUGGGAGAUUAUCUUAGCCGGGGAAAGGACAGCCCCUCCCGCUACUCUCCUCCCCCCUGUGGCGAGGACCUCCAGGAAGACCACACCUACAGCACUGCCAAGUCCCCCAGCAGGCUGUCCUCCUCCCAGGGCACCGACCCCUCAUCCCCGGUGGAAGACGACGACAUCAUCGCCGUAGAGGUUCAGUCGGACGUCAAGCCGGAGCCUCGGGAGAUCCCGCUGGAUUCUCACAUCGCAACUGCCGCCGCCUACAUUUCCCAGCAGCCCCUGCGCGGACAGAGACGCAGCUCGGCGGCCGGAGCUGGGACUCUGCCUGGCAGUAGCCUGCCCUGGACCAAAAGCCGAGCGAGGGGCAUUAGCGACACGCUGCCGCUGAAGAAGCGGCGCGCGCUGGAGAAGCCGCCGGAGAGCGACGACGAGGAGAUGAAGGAGGCGGCGGGGUCGCUGCUCCACCUGGCGGGCGUCAGAGCCUGCCUCAACAACAUCACGAACCGCGCCGCCAAGGGCCAGAAGGAGCAGAAAGAGACUCUAAGAAACUAAGACACACAUUCAGACAGCUCAAAACACGCACACACACAGACACACCUACACAAAUAGGUCAACAGGUAACGUUACAGCAUUAGUCUCAACAGACACUCAUCAUCUCCCUCUAUCUAUCUGCAGGGCAUUAGGUGAAUCCUACUUAUUUGUGGCAAUAUCAAAAAUCAAUGUUUUCCUACAUGUUCAGCAACACUAACAUCAAUGGUAUCUCUCAUGUGUCUAUGUUGUUUUUGUUGUUUAAAAAGGGGAUGAAAGCCAUAAAAAAAGCAUGUUUUGUUGUUAAUUUGGGCGAGCGGAGGAUGGCUGUUUGUCUUACCUGUUUUCUUUCGUUUUGUCCUUUCUUUUCCUUAUUUUUUCUCCCACAUUGAAUCUGUAGCAAUCUCUCAGCGAUGCCAGUAAACGCGGCGGAGACUCAGCACUCACCCCCUCCACCCAGGGGCGGGGGCAUCGCUCUCCUACACCCACGAGCACAAACACGAGACUGUGCCAAAGAUACGCCACCAGGUUGCUUCAUGUAGCCGAUGCGAGAGCCGACGGAAAAAAAAAAAGAAACUUAGAAGGAGACAAAGGCAUCGUAGUAAAGAGCUAAAGAGAGCGACCUUAAGUGUCAAAAAGAAACCCAAUGUGAUGUACAUUCAUGCACUUAAGAUUAUUUUAUGCCACUUACACAAGAAGACGUGGUUUAUUUCAAGAGCACUCGUAGUAUUUAAGAAAAACUAUGAAAAAAAAGGUCAUGUUUGCCAUAAUAGACAGUUAGGAAGCCGGGUCUGAGGCAAUAUCUCCUUCAUUUUUGUUGUUCUUGUUGCAUAAUGUAGACGUCGUCCCUGAAGCUUUUCUCAGUACCUCCGUUCACAGAGAUCAUAGCUCUAACCUGUAGGUGCCACACCUUCCUGUCCAUCCGACACCCUCAAGUACUCUCUACACGAGCUGUGGGGUUAGAUCUCCUCUCCGUUGUGUCCGUCUAACUUUCUCACUCUACCCUCAUAAAGAUAUAAGCAAUUUGUCCCACGCGGACAACUCUGUACAAAGGUUAGAAAAUAUUUUAUUUUUUUUCCUUUUUCUUAAUUCAAGCAAUUUGACCUGCAGGACUUUCUCAGUUAUAUUGCAUGGGUGCUUGUAAAUAAGAUGAGAAGCAAAAUCUUUUUUAUUCAAAGAUUCAUGUAAGAUAAACAAUGUAUUUAGCAUGAAGCAUGACUUAUUUUCAUAUAAACCUUGAUCCUAGAGGAAAGGAAAAAAGAAAAAAACAUGUUUUUUCCGCCAAUUCUUAUACCUGUGAUUAUUAUGGAGAUUUUUUGUUUGGGUUUUUUUUUUGUCUUUUUUUUAAAUCAGCCUCCUUUUUUUUUUUUUGGAGUGGGCUUUUCAAAGGGUGUUCUCCCCCUUUGAGGGAGAAGCCUCCAGGUUUAGGGUUCAGGCCUGCAGGAGCGCCUCUUCUGGGGGGCGUGGGGGUGGGCUUCCAUCUACUGUUGAUUGUUUACCGCCUUGGAUUUUUUUUUUUUAGUGGGUCUUCAAAGACCAUUUUCCAGGCAUGGACAUAGAAGAUCCCUCUGGAAAUAAAGCCCCCUCCUCCCUGAGGGUGACGUCCCGUCUAACGAGCAGGAUCACCGAUUUGGGGAGGGUGGGCUUCCGUCUUCCUCUGCCUGAUUCUGUUUUGUUUUUAUUUAUUUUUUUAUUAUAGGUGUUCAAUGUAACCCCCCCACCCCACCCCGGUGUCACUUCAGAACAUGUCAGUGGAGUGUGUGAGUCAGUGUGUCAGAACACACGCACCCUUUAACGUUGUGCCUGCCUGCCCUCAGUUGCUCUUUUUUACACAAACAGAGCGCCACCUAUAUUUAUUUAGAACGGUUUGGGUUUUUGUUCCGUUUCCUUUUUUUUCCAUGGUGUAGAUGUACGUGUGUCCUUACUUUCCUUUGACAUUGUUCAGUGUAAAUGUGUGAAUCAGUUGGGCAUGGAAAACUCUCUAGGUGUGCUGAAUAAAUGUCAUAACCCCCCACCCCCAAAAAAAUCAACCUUGUAGGACAUGGAGAGAAUCAUUUCCGUCUAAUUUCAAUCCAGUAUUUUGAGCCCUUUGAUUGAAAGGAGAGGUUUGUCGUUGUAGGGGAUAAUGACACUAGUUAACUUUAAAGGGCAUAUAUUUCAUUUUUUUUACAACAAUUUCAUCCCCAGCUGUAUGCAGACUUGUAGCGCAUGAUAGUUAGAGACAUUUUUCCGUUUCUAAGAUGAAGAAAUGUGUAAAGAUUUUGAAAGGGAAAAAGUGAGGAUGCCCCAACAUCUUUUUUAAAAAGUGAAGCCAAAUACAGGCCACAGUGGGUAACGCAGUGACACAAAAGCUAAAUGUGACAGCAAAGGCUCCAGCUCAGGUUCAAAGGAUGGAAAAUUGUAAAAAGAAGCUGCAAGUUAGGAGUUUUUUUAACAGCUGGAGCUUAGAAACUUUAAAAAACAGCAUCCUAGGGAUGGUUUUAAAAGCUGUCUGUCGAGAGCCAAACUAGUCCAAUCAAUAGUGAAUGAGUGUAGAAACUGUAAUUAAACUCACUAUGGAAUAAAUUCAGCUGGAUUAUAUUCAACGGUGUCCCCAGAUUAGAUAGCAAAAAGCAAGACAUGCAGUCAUGGAAGUAUCACUUUUCUUCACGCUCUUUUUUUUUUCUUAAUUUUCCAGGGUUUAGUUAUUAACAAUGAUGCCACUGUACAAAUCUUUUUUCCAAGGACACUUUCUGAUGCAAAAAACUCAGAUUCUGUAUGUCGCUUUACUCUACAAUGUAGCUUUAAGCUAAAAUAGCAAAUGUGGACGAUGGAGGGAAAGUUUUAAUCCUGAUGUUCUGCUCAGUCUGCAGCCGGAGUUUAUGACUCUGUCCUUCAUUUGGCUCAGACACAGAGGAAAGAAAAGAGUCCCAGCCAAAGCUAUUUUAGAUGAACAAGAUUUUAAUAGUCUUUUUUUGUAUUAUUAUUACAAGCGAUCUCCAGAAAACAAACAUAAAAUUAAGUCUUGUGUGCAUUUCAUAAGUUUUUUAUGAAACCACAAAUCCAUAAUCCUCAUAUACGAUACCUAUGUCAUAUUUUUAAAAAGAGAUGGUAAAAGGCUGUGGCUUUAGAUCAAUUAGUUUUUAAAAAGAAGUGGAAAUGCCAAUUAAUUCACUUGACUUAUUGAAACUUUUUGAAGCAUAGAAAAUAUAUUUCCCCUUUAGUCUUUUUACGCCAAAUGAUGUUAAACAGUAAAGAGAAGCAUGUCAAGGUGUUCAUUUUCUGUCUGCAUAGAAGCAGCUGGGGCUGAUUAGAGUAGCAGAACCAAGCGAAGGUGUUUUUUUAGGUGAAUAGACGCUGAGCGAUUAUCAGCAGGCCGAGCAGGGAAAACAAAUGCAUGUCCCAUUCACUGGUAUGCUCUUUCGCCACCUGUAGCAUGCAUCGCUGGCUUUCCAUUUCACGUACAUGGAAAAAAGGCUAAGAGGAGACGCUGUCAGUGUCUCGCCGUGUGCCAUCCGUCUCCCAUCUCAUAUCUGUCUAAGUGCUCCCACGGCCCGGGUCGAUCACUCGGCUGCAUUUGAUGUAACAACUCCACUCUUGCAGUGAGGAGUAACGCGCUCACUUGGCAAGUAAAAGAGGGCAUGUUGAUUUAACAGCUGCUGUGUUUUCAGUGUGACUCACUCUGUGGCAUUUAGUAAAGAUGAGAUCUAGAUUUUAAGUCCUUAAAAAACAUCGUAUUAAUUAUUCCCACAAAGGAAAUGCACAUCACUGCCUGAAAAGUGCUCGAAAUAAGUUAUUUAUUUUAAAACCUGCCAAACAAAACCCAUUUUUAAGGAAAAAUCAUUGCCAUUUUUUUUAGCUUUUGCUUAUGUUUUAUGCACUUUUUUUUCAUGCUGUCAGAAUUCCUUAAAGUACUGCCAUUGCUUCUGCAGACCGUCUGAGCUGAAUGUUGGAAAGCCAUAGGUUUGAGAUGUCAAAAGUCAAAGCUGUCAUUGAUCUGCGAGAUGUGAUUUCAGAGUGCACCCGGGUGUUGGUUCCUUUUUUUUUUUUUUUUUCGUUUGAAUCUCAGUAAGGGUUCGGUUUCCUCCUUUUCGUGCAAUCAUGUUGCCAAAGAAUGAUUUUAAGACCUACUUCAUCACUACAUGUAAAUAUCAACGUUGUCCAAUGCCGUGGCAAAAAAUAUAUAAAUGUCGUUUUCUUUUCUUUGUUGUUUUGUUUUCCAUUUUCUGAGAAACUACAAUGAUGUUUAUGUGAUGUAUUGUCUUCCAGUUGGUUGCAAUAAUAAAAAAAUACAAGUU